GCGUGGCGGGUGAGAGGAAGGGGCGCCUCUGCUGCAGUAUCUCCAUGGCUGCGAUUUACUCUGGCAUUCACCUGAAGCUGAAAAGCUCAAAGACAUCUUGGGAGGACAAACUCAAGUUGGCUCAGUUUGCGUGGAUUUCUCAUCAAUGUUUCCUUCCAAAUAAAGAACAAGUCUUACUGGAUUGGGUGAGUCAUACACUGGUUUCUUGUUACAACAAGAAACUUGAAUUGUCAGAUGAAAUUACUGAGAAGCUUUGGGUGUACUUGGACAACAUUCUUCGUAGCAAAAAACUACAGAGCCUUCUCAAGGAGGGAAAAACCAUCACCCUACGUUUUUCAAUUGCACAGGUCAUAAACGAAAGGCUGUCUGUUUCUUACACUCAAAAGACAUUGAAGGCUGUCGGCACAGUACUGAAUUGCUGUAGGUCUAUCCUUUCCAGUUCUCCCCUCGCCAUUGUUUAUACCGCAAAAUCUGAACUGCUGGUGGAUCUUCUAAGUAAGCUGUGCUGGUUAGCUUGUUGGCAGUUGUCCUCAGAAGAUGCUGUCUCCUCCCAGUUGUUUGAAGUCCUCCAGUUGACCCUUGGACAGUACCUUCUGAUUCAGAGGCAGCAAGCCAAUGCAAAUCGUGUAUUUGGACAGGUGACCAAACUUUUGCUUCAGCCAUGCCUGCUCUUGAGACAUUUAUUGACAGCCAGGGUGUGGACACAGGCAGAGGACGGCCGUGGAUGUCAGCACCUGAACAGGGAAAUCCGGAAUGGCAUAGAGGCUCUGGUGAAGGCCGGCCUUUUCCAGCCGGAACUCUUGCCGUCUUACAGAGAAGAACUGCUGCCAGAGAAGGAAUCCCACAACAUAAAGAAAGGGGCUCUGAAAACUCGCCUGCUUCCUGCCAGUACCAUCCAGACGGUGGUUGGGGACACUAGCUUUUGUCAGCCAGCUCUUCAUGGGAAAGCAGUAGCUAGUUCAGUGCCUCUUCUCUUUAAACUCUUUCUGGAGUCAUACAGUAAGGCUGAAGACCACUUAGUUUGUUUUCACAUGCUCACCAAACUUUUUGGCUGCCUAAAGAUUGCUCGCCUGCAGGGGGAUCUUUGGACUGACCAGCUUUCUCCACCUGAAUGGAGUCCAGAGCUCCUCGCAGUGGAGCAGCUUCUGAACUCGGUGCUGAGCAGCGGUAUCUACAAUGUUGCGGUUGACAGAAUUCGACACAAGGAGGUCCAGUUUCACUUCUACCGUCAGGUGGCACAGACGCUGGUGAAUCGCCCGCAGGCCACCGUCCCUGCUUGGUUUAGGUGUUUCAAGGCCUUGAUCUCCCUAAAUCACUUGAUCGUGGAGCCCGAUUUAGAUGACUUGGUGGCUUCGGCUUGGAUCGAUGCCGAGGUGUCCGAGCCGCGUACGAAAAGGGCCCAGGAGGCUCUUGUCAAUGCCCUCUUUCAGACUUAUGCCAAGCUGCGACAAUUCCAGAAACUCUUUGAAGAGGUCUUGUCUGUCAUAUGCCGCCCUGCUGCGGAAGAUUUAAGGCUCCCAGUUCUGCCUGCUGGCAUCCGGGCCAAGCUCUGUGAGCACCUUCUAGAGCUGCCGCCCAAUCAGAUACUGGACGUUCUGUACCUGAUACUGGAGAAAUGUCAGGCUUCCAUUAUUCCUGACGUCAGAGGCGAUUCUGACAUGGCUUUGAAGCUGCAGUCUGUGAGCUCGUUGCUGCACUCCGUUCUGUUCAACAUGAGGAGCUUGGAUGACUCCACCCCGCUGCUUGUAGUCCGUCGGGCUCAGAAUCUGCUGGACACCAUGCAGAGGGGGAUAAUCAAAGCUUUGUUAGAUCUGCUGAAGGACCAUCAGGCAGAAGAUACGGAGCUGGAGCUUUGGGUUGAGAAAGUUGGGGAGUCUUUUCUCCUACUGGCUUGCACCUGGGUAGCAACUGAUACUCUGUUUGGUUUAAACUGCAGCAAGUAUGUCUCCCAGCUUGGCGAAGCGACCCUUCCUGUCGUUGACUCCACUGAAAAAUUUUCAGACUUCUCAGCUGUUCUCCCUGGUUUUGAUGCACAGUGUUGGGAGAAGAUAACUAAGCUUCUCAGUUGUUCCUGCUCAGGGAGUAGGUAUUGUAUAGAAUGGCUGAUGCUUCAGAGAAUGAAGAGAAUGUUGAUGUACUCCGGCUGUCAGACAGAGGCAUCGUGUCGGACUAUGCAGCACGCUGCAGCUUUUAUCCUUCGCCCUGGAAAGCCUUGCAUGGCUGAAGUUGAGCCUGAACCAUGGGAUGGCAAUGUGGGUGCCAUAAAUAGUUCCACUUACCCAACUGCUCACUGGCACCUUGUCAUUUCAAAUCUUCCAGUGCUGAUUCCCUUCCUGUCUGUGAGUGAUACACUCUGUGUCGCAGGCAUGCUUCUGAAGACGCUGCUGGUGAACCAAGCGCAGGCAGCUUCCUCCGAUGCUGACGAUGCUUUAAUCUCCGUUGAAAAGGUGUCUAAAGAUUUCCUGCACAGCCCACUUCUUCCAGAAAUGAGGACGCUGCACGCCUCUUUCAUAAGCCGCAUUGUGCUGCAUUGUGCUGGGGUGCUGUACCCUGCGGUUCAGAAUGCUGCCAAUCAGCCUCUCGGACAGCUGUCUGCAGAAGGUAUUCCAUGGUGCGAAGCUGACUUUCCCUCCUGCGUUGGCAGAGAGAGGCCUAAAGAUGAACCAUCUGUGUGCUGGACAGUAAUGGAGAAUGUUGCACAAAAUAUAUUGUCUUUAGUGAAAGUGAGAUCUUUUGUCACCUUAGAAGAAGAGCAUAUCGAAAGGCUUUUGGAUUUGCUAGAGAUCAUUUCAGCAUUGAAUCUGGACAGCCUCUUUCCCACGGACCAUGCUCGGCUGUUCCUUUCACUCUUGUCUCUGGCUGUCAAUACCAGAACUAAUGUUGCUUGUAGCGAGGCCUUGUCUUUGAAACUCCUGACAAGCUGCUUCCACCUCCUGGCGCGUCUGCAAACCGGCCGAAAUGUCAGCUCCCCCUUUAAGGUUUUGCAUGCCAGCGAUGCUCUUGAGGCUGUCCUCACCUCGAUGUUUGUGGUCUGCAAGACCUUUGCCGGUGCUUUGACAGAUGCUCCUUGGCAGGAAUUCCUUCAUGGGGUUCAAGUCCUUUUGGAACGCUAUCUUCAGAUAGUUCUCGAAAGGCGUCUGAGUGUGAAACUGAACAUGGAAAAGUUUACGUCUUUCCUAACGACUUGCCAGCCGCAUACUGCUGGCGGUGAACUUGCCGAGCACUGGAGCCCAGCCGCUGACCAGCUUCUGCUAGUGGCACUAACUGCGCAGUGUCAUGUUCUGACUUUGCACGUCCAGAAGCCGAGCGGAAACUGGAAGGCUGCGGACACGUUGCUCAUUCUGCUCAAGCAGGCCGUGCUUCAGACGGGAGCAACCGUCCAACUUUUCCUCAGAAACAGUACCAAAGGCCAGCCGUUGCCCUUAGCAUUCAUCCCGUGUGUUACAACCCUUCUGAAAGCAGAUUCAUCUUGUGCCCAGCCAGUUUGCCCCGUGGGUGAGGAGGGCGAGCACGAGAGGCCUAAAGAAUCAAGCAGACAGCAGCAGCUUUCCCACAGUGAUUUGUACCAAAAGUUUUAUACUCAGAUAUUGAGAGAACUGGACUUGGCUGGUGGCAGUGUCCAGUUCCUUAGCUCCGCAUUGCAUUUCUUAGCUGUCUUCUGUUCCAUGCCUGAGUUGCUUCCUGCACAAGAAACUUCUGUUGCUGUAUUCCGUUCCAUAAGGAAGUUACUUUCUGGUCCUGGAAUCACACUUCAAGUGAUGCAAAGCCUAGAAACGCAGCUGGCUGAGUUGUUUGCCCAGCUGGUAAAGAAUUGCACCAAUGACAACUUUUGUGCCAUAUUGGGGCUGGUGCUGGAGGGACUGGACAUUGGCAACACCUGGAAACAAAAUACUGAUCAAGUACUGUCAGCUGUUACUCUGGUUAAAUUGCUACUCGGCUGCCCUUUAAGUGGAGAGAAAGAGAAAGCUUUCUGGCUUUCAAGUCCACAGUUAAUCACUGCUUUAGUCAUGCAAGCCAAAGAGGCUUCUCAGGAUCAUGCAACGAUCCCCGCCCUCCUUGUGCUUGUACUGGAGACAGCAGCAAUCCUCCUGAGGCAAGGAGAAGGGAUUCUCUCCAACCCUCAUCAUGUCACCCUUGUGUUCAGCAUUCUUGCGACCAUCCCUCUGGACCGUUUAAAAUCAGAGGACUAUUACAGCGUCGUCUUGGGAAUUCAUGAAGUUCUCUUUUCCAUACUACAGUGUCACCCUAAGGUGAUGCUAAAAGCGGCUCCAUCUUUCCUGUGCAGCUUCCAUAAGCUGGUGCUUUCUGUUAUGCAUGAAGGAAGACAAAAAGGAGAUGGAGGGAUCACUGAUGAACUGGGAGUUGUACUUAAAUGUGCCCAGCUGGUAGAACGGAUGUAUAGUUACAUCGCUGCGAAAACAGAAGAAUUCACUGUUUUUUCCGCCUUCAUUGUGAGCCAGUAUGUGACUGAACUGCAGAAGGUAACCUUGCACCCAGCUGUAAAGAAACAUCUAACUGAAGGGAUUUAUCAGAUUCUUGACCUUUGCAUCGAACGUGAUAUCAAGUUCCUAAAUGCAUCUCUACCAGUGGGAGUCAGGGAAGUCUUGAAGGAACUGUACAGUGACUACACUCAUUACCACAAAAAUCUAAAACAGGGGGAUGAAAAGUAUACUGCAUGAGGAACCCUUUCUUAUUGUUUCAGA